AUGGCGCGCGCCGGUUUAUUUCCGAGAGACGUUGGUGGACGGUGUCGAGCUCGCGGACGCGGACGGAUGGAAUGGACUCAGAGCGAGCGCGCGCCGCGGGACGACGACGAGCGCGCCGGCCUCGUCGUCGCGCGCAUGGAGGAGCCGGACGGCGCCCGGCGCGCGCCGGGCACCGGCGGCGGCGCGCGAACGCCGAGGUCGCCGUCGCGGACCGGCGGAGGAGGCGGUCGCGGAGGACCGCGCCGGCGUCCUCCUCAGCCUCCGUCGUCGUCGUCGUCCGCGUCGGCUCGCCCGCCACCGUCCGGGGGGCCCGGCGUCGGCGGCGCGACGAAGGUCCCGACGCCGAGGCCGCCGCGCGUCGCGGUCGCGCCCGCGACGACCGCGACGCCGUCGAUAUCCGGCUCCGACACCGCGAGCGUCAGCCUGGACGAGAACGUCAACGCGACGCAGUCCGGUCGCGCGCCGUCGCGCCCGAGGUCGAACGUCGCGAUGCGGAACGACGAGACGACGACGGUUUCGACGAACACGACGACGACGACGACGCCCGCGUCCGCGCCGCGCGCGAACUCGCCGUCGGACGACUCGGACGACACGAACAGCGACGAGCGCUCGCCGCCGUCCACGGUCGCGUCCACGGCGUCGAACAUCGCCGCGGUGAUCGUGUCGCCGUUCGAGCGACGCCGCAGAGACGCGCUCCUGGGCAAGGCGAGGCGACUGGAGACGCUCCUGGGGAAGAUCUCCAGGAGCGCGUCGCCGGCGUCGUCGCGGAGCGACGCGUCGUCGUCCUCGCGCGACGACGGCGACGGCGAGUCCCCUCCGACGGAGAAGCAGCGCGGCCGCGGCUCGAACGCGUCGGACGGCGGCGACGCCGAAGCCGAAGCCGAAGCCGAAGCCGAGGCGAGGAGCGGAGACGACGGGGGGACCACCCCGGGGAGCUCGCCGUCGAACAGCACGCCGAGCCCGGUGAGCGAGCGAUGGGACGAGUGGCUCGGCGACGACGCCGCCACCGCCGACGACGUCACGCCGGUCGCGGUCGCGGAGAGGGAGAGAGAGGAGAGAGAGGAGAGACGGCGGCGGCGCGAGGUCGUCGACGUCGUCACGCCCGAGUUGAGAACGGCGACGCGCCGCGCGCCGGGAUGGGCGACGUCGUCGUGGACGCCGGCGCCGCGGGAGAGCGGAGGACGCGACGCGACGACGCCGGAGAUCACGGAGGCGACGCCGCCGCCGUCGACGGCGAUGGAGACGCCGACGCCGACGGCGCGGCGGCCCGCGGCGCUGGACGUGCCGUCGAGCCCGACGGAGGCGCGCGGGUCCGAGGACGACGCGUCGUAUCGCACGCCGGGCGCGGAGGGGGGCGCGGACGAUUCGUUCGCGGCGGCGCGCGCGGUCGCGGCGGCGAACGACGACGACGGAGUCCGCCUCCGCGAAGAAGAAGACCGCGUCGUCGUCCGAGGCGAGCUCGACCCGCGGUGGCUAGAGGACUCCGCCGCGGCGUCGUACGCUUGUCCGCCGCCGCGCUCGCCGUCGCGUUCGCCGUCGUCGACGUCCUCGCCGAUGAUGACGCCGCGGAAGUCGCCGCCGCCGCCCGCGGCGCGCGGCGGCGGAUCCCCGCGCCUGCCGCCCGUGGGCGAGGAGGAGAUCGUCGCGCCGGCGGCGUGGGACGAGUCGCCGCGACGACGCGCGUCGCCGACGUCGCCGGCGAACCGCGCGGACGCGGCGCGUCGGAUCAUGACCGCCGCUUUUCGCGCCGCCGCCUCCCCGGCCAAGUCCGCCGGUGGUCGGUCGGACGUGACCCAGGGCUCGGUGUCGUUCGGGGACGCGUUCUCGCCCGCGAGGAGCGUCGGAGGCUCGCCGGGAGGUGGGGGAGCGAUGGGGAAAGCCGCGGCGGCGAGGCGGAUCAUGAUGGCGGCGGCGGCGAAGAAGGCGAGCCUCGGCGUCGACGACGACGACGCGGCGACGACGGCGGCGGACUUCGCGUCGAGUCCGAGUCCCAAGCCGCCCGCGCGCCUGACGCCGCUGAACCUCAGCGCGCAGCUCGGCGUGGGCGCGAACGACGACGACGACGACGGCGGCGGGGGGGGGGGACGGCGCGCGCUGAGCCCGCCGUCGCCGUUGCUGUCGCCGCGGUUCGCCGGCGAGGACGACGAGGACGACGGACGGUUCGAGUUUCGAACCGCCGCGACGCCGACGCCGCCGACGCUGACGCCGCCGUCGACCGCGACCGCGCGCCGCCGCGAGCGCGCCGCCGCGAGCGCGAUCUCGGACAUCUCGGACACGGAGCCGGACCGCGCGGACGUCUCGGAUCGGGAGCCCGCGGAGGCGGCGGCGUCGCGGCGUCGCGCGGAGCAGUUGCGGCAGUUGCGCGAGGACGAAGGCGCGCCGCCGCCGCCGCGCCCGCCGCCGUCGCCGAGCGACCUUCCGUCGCCGCCGUCGAGCCUCCUUCACCCGGUGUCGGAGAUCGAGCCGGAGACGGAGUGGGAGGACGCGGCGGGAGCGCGGCGGGAGCGCGGCGGCGGCGAAGACGGCGAAGACGCGGGACCCGCGACGGACGACGACGGCGGCGGCUACGGCACCGCGAUGGACACGAUGCCGGACCGCUCGGUGAAGGGCCUGCGGAAAGCGCUGGAGGAGGCGGAGUUGCGGCUCGAGGAGUCCGGGUGGGAGAAGGAAGCGCUCGAGGUGAGGAUCAUGGAAGCGGAAGCCGCGCUCGCGAACGCGGAGAAGAACGGCGAGAGCGGAAAGAUGUCGUCGCGGCUAGAGGCUGAGAUUGCCCAAAACGCCUACCUUCGCCGGCUGCUCGACCGCGCGGAACAGACGCGGAACGCCGCGCGGUCGGAGGCGAAGAUCGCGCGCGUGCGGCUCGCCGCGAGAGAGCGAGAGAUCGAAGACUUCGCGCGGAAGACGGACCGCGCGUACGACGAGCUCAACGGCGUGAAGCGUCGGUUGAAGACGGAGACGACGCGGUCGCGGUCCGUCGCGUCGGAGCUCGCGCGAACGAGGACGGAUCUCGAGGACGUCGAGUCGAGGCACUUUACGCAGACGCAGUGGGUCGGGAUGCUGGCGACGCUCGCGUUCACGCUCGCGCUGCGGAUAUUUUUCGGGCCGAGAGUCGGGUGGGGGGGAGGCGGCCGAUGGACGGGGCCUCGAUGA